UUCAAUAAUUUUUCUCAAAUUGAAAAGUUCAAUAACUGUGAUCACCUUUGGUAUGUUGAUUCCUAUAGGGCGUUCAGUAAAAUUAUAAACAACUUGGAUCCAAAUACAUUAGGUAUCGGUGCCUUCAUAAUAAUAUACAAAAAUUUUAUGAAAUUGGACAAUCAAAUAGAAAUCGAAAAAAUGUUGAGAAAGGCAUUUGAGUUCAAUAUACACAAUUUAAUUAUUGCUUCUGAUAAAUCAGAAAAUACUGUUGACAUUUACACAUAUGAAAUAUUUGGUGAAAACAAAUGCAGACAAUUUCAGGUAGUAAUCACAAACACAUUUUACAACGGUCGCUUCAAGAAGAAGGAGUUGCUAAUGGAAAGGUACACUAAUUUCCGCCACUGUGAACUGCGAAUUUAUGUGCGUAACGUGCAACCUUACAUGUCAUACACGUUAGUAAAGAAAAACAAUUUAGAUUUUGUGCUAACAGGAAUUGAAGGAGAAAUGAUAAAGACCAUUUCAAAAAUAUUAAAUUUUAGUAUGUCUGUAUAUAAUGAACCAGAAAUCAACUGGGGCACAAUUUACACAAAUGGCACAAUGACUUUUCCAUACAGCCUUUUAAGAGAUGGGGAUGUUGAUUUACUUAUAGGUAUUUUUUUUUCUUCGGCAGUGGCAAUUAAAUACUUUUCUGAAAGCUUUUCUUAUUUACGUACUCCAUAUGUAUUCGUAGCUAAGCAUCGCUUUAAAUACGAUCGCAAUGAUGGCGCUUGGAUCCUCAACCCAUUCGAAUGGUCGACAUGGAUGUGCCUAGCAGUUUACUUUGUCAUUGUAAAAUUUCUUAUAAAUUUAACAAUUAUUUUCAAAUUAAAACAAGAAAAAAUAAAUGUAGACCGCAACUGUAAGAGCUCAAGUUGGUUGAGAUUAUUCGCAAUAUCACUUAAUAUCCCUCAAAUUGUAGCAAAUUCCAAGAAUCGUUUCUGUUUUUCCAUUAUUUUUUGGUGCUUUGGACUUAUCAUUUUUAAUAUAGCUUAUCAAGGUAAACUAUAUGCAGCAUAUACAAGACUACAACCACAGAAACCAAUUGUAUUGGAGGAUAUCACUAAGUAUAAUUAUUUAAUUAUAACGCGAGGAUCGCUAGAGCAUUACAAAAUAUUGAUUUCUUUAAAUAUAAAUCCCGAGCGUUUUGUUACAGUUGAUGUUCAGGAUCCUGAAGAAAUUUAUAAAAUACUUUCACAAAGUAAGGAAAAAUUUGUAGGUACGUUCACUGCACUUCACAGAUUUCUUUACUACAUGCAAACUAAACGUCUAUAUGAUAAUUAUCAAUUGGUUCAAGAGCCGCUAAGCGUACAGCAAAUUUGCACUUUUUUUAAAAAGAAUUCCUUUUUGGUGCGACCUUUCAAUCGAGUGAUACAUUUUCUCAAUGAUUUCGGUUUGAUUUCUAAAUGGAUGAGUGAUGCAUCGGGUGUCCUGAAAUAUCCUAACAUAGAAGUAAAGAAAUUUUACGUGAAUCAUGCAAAUACUCCUAUUGCUCUCACUUUAAAAACUUUUAGAAAACUGUUUUUCUCAUUUUUCAUACUUCAAUUUGUAGCUUUUUUUAUUUUUAUAGGUGAAUUAGUCAUGGGGUGUUGCGAAGGACUCAACAGAGAAUAAAUAAAUAAUCUGAAUUAGUAACGGAAUUGAAAUUGAUACAAAUGACGUGAAAUAAUAAAUAUUAAAAAGUUUUCUAAUAAGAUAAGAGUUUUGAAAACCUAAUUAAUAUAUAGGAAUUUUUAAACAAA